UCCUCUUUCACGUGCUGAGGGGAUGCACGUGAUUGGGGUUUUCCGAACAGAUUGGCUUUAGCGCGCGGCUGUUUCCGGCUGCAGCUGUCAGGAUUGCUUGCUCCUCUCCAGCCCCCCCACCCCCACUUCCUGAUCGCUGGCUGAGGCGAUGGCGAGCGGCCGCGGUUCGGGUGUCCCAGCGACCGGAGAAGGGGAGGCGGCGGUGACGACGACGACGACGCCUGGGCCCGGUGGCUGCGCGGCAGAAGCUGAGGAGGAGGAAGAGGAGGAGCAGGAGGUGCUGGAGCAGCUGGCCGUCCGGCUGAGGCGAAGCCUGAGGGGAUGGGAGGCCACGGUGGCUGCCGUACAGCUCUUACUGGUCUGGGAGAGGCCGCCGCAGAGUCUGGCCGGGGCUGUCGCUCUUGGAGCUGCGCUCUGGCUGUUUUCGUCCACUUCGCUACGUCCUCUAUUCCUCCUAAGUGUUGGCCUUAUUGGUGUUCUCCUGUUGGAGAGAUGGAAGCCCCAAUUCCUAUUGGAUUUUUCAGUUCAGCCCUUGGAAGAGCCUGGAGGAGACAGUGAUGGUGAGAUGACAGGAGCACAGCCUCACUUGCUGAGUGUCCCAGAGCUCUGCCAUUGCCUGGCUGAGAGCUGGAUUACCUUCAGGCUGUACCUGCGAGAGCUGCUACAGUACAAGAGGCAAAACCCUGCCAAGUUCUGUGCCAGGGUCUGCUCAGGAUGCUUGAUCCUAGUGAUAGUAGGACACUAUGUUCCAGGAAUCAUGAUCUCCUACAUUGUCUUGCUCAGUAUCUUGCUGUGGCCGCUGGUGGUUUACCAUGAGCUUAUCCAGAGGAUGUACACUCGUUUGGAACCCAUUCUGAUGAAACUGGACUACAGCAUGAAGGUGGAGACAUCACAUCUAAAACAUGAGAAGAAAAAGCGUCAAGGAAAAAGCGAGCCAGAAGCUGGCAAUGAGCCAAUGGCAGAGACAGAAAGUGAGAGUGAGGCAGAACUGUCUGGGUAUUCUCCAGUGGUGGAUGUGAAGAAGACUGCUCUAGCAUUGGCAAUUACAGACUCUGAGCUCUCAGAUGAGGAGGCUUCUAUCCUGGAGAGUGGAGGCUUUACUGUUUCCAGAGCUACUACACCACAGUUGACAGAUGUGUCUGAAGAUUUGGAUCAGCAAAGCCUGCCCAGUGAGCCAGAAGAGUCCUUCUCUAAGGACUUGGCAGAAUUCCCCUCUGUAGAAGAGUUUCAUUCCAGAGACUUGGGACCACCCAGUGAGGAGGAUAAUUUUGCGGAGCCUGCCCACCAGCUGGACUCUGCUGAGGAAGAGGUGGCAGCAGCUGUGAGUUUGGACCCAUCCAUCCUGUGCCUGGCCUCCCCACUGCACUUUGUAAAUACACACUUCAACGGGAAUGAACAGGCGAUAGCGGGAGAAGCCACUGAGCCCCAGACUGUCGCCUCACGGGGCCUGGGGAUGCACAUUGAUUCGCUGAGCCAAGAAAUCGUUACCACCGCGAUCAGUACGGUGGUGCAAAACACCCUGUCAGCCCUGCUUCGCUCUUCUGAGGACAGUGAGGGGCCUUCUCUCUCGGAGUUUCUGCCUACUGAGCCUGAGGAGAGACUGAGCUUUCAGGCGCAGCUGUCAGAGAGUGAAGAGGUGGGGACAGCCUCUCUGCCGGAGGAGGAGGAGGAGGAAGCUGAUGACUUCGAGCUGCUUGAUCAGAGGGAGCUGGAGCAGAUGGAUGCAGAGCUGGGCCUUGCUGGAGAGAGGGAGGCUCCAGCAUUAUCUUCUAUCCCUCCUGGAGAGGAAUCAUCACCCACAUCCUAGGUUCCACUACUCUCUUGUCUUUCUGUAGAUGGAAGGAAGGACAGACAGAUACAUGGCAAAGUUUGAUCUGUGCUGACCAGGGAUGGCAAAGCAUCCACAUUCAGUGUUAUGUCUGGAUUAGUGAGUCCUCCUCCUCAAGCUGGCCUUCCCAUCAGGGCACUGUGUCCGGCCCCUGCUUCCUAGUGAUGAUGCAGUCUUUUGGUCUACUGCUGCGAUUGUCUUUGUCCUUUGUUCUUGUUUUUUUGCACGCUGCAACCUCAGCUAGAUGUACCCGCUGCUCAUUCCCGCACACCCAGUAGGAAGUAAAGUGGUUUUAUUGGAUGGGGGCGGGAGGGUUCAAAAUGUAAAUAACUUGUCAAACGUUGGUUUGGUUUAGCUGAACAGGGUGAUGGAAUUGAUGGUGUGGAGAAAUAGGUUGGGGGAUGGGGGGGGAUUCCUCAAAUGUGGAUGUGGGAGGGAAACGGCUGCAAAAGUGACACCAUGUAGAUCACUUUUGCUGACAGUGGGAGAACGGGGCACAGCUGGGCUCUGCUGCCUGCCUUGAACAAAACAGCAAACUGCUUUUGUGGCCCCAAACACUAACCACUCCCCCUUUCCAUUUUUUAACUCCUCCCACUUCUCUAUGGAUUAAUGUAAUUGUUACACACACUGAUUUGGGUUCCAAAUGGGGGCAGCCUGAUCUUGUCUCUUUGAAUUACAAGCCAGGCUCUCUGAACUCUUUCAUUUUAGUUUUUCCAAGUGCACUAGUUAGAGGUAAUGUGGAAGCCCCCCAACCCCUACCCCUUCUGCUGCCGCACUUUAAAUGCAAAGUACCCCUACGUCUCCUCCCAAAGGGUUGGCUGAGCCAGCCAUGCCCAACACUGCACCCUGGCUAGAGAAUGAUCUUCUAUUGCCUGGGGCCUUGCUCCAGCACUCCAUCUUGCCUUGGGAGGAGGGUGGGCAGUUUGAGAAGAAAGAACUCGUGGGUGCCACUGGGAGAAAGAACCCUUCUCUCCAACUGGAGGAGGCCCUCUAGACAGACAGACACGCAUGUGCACGCACACACACUUCACUUGCAAAAUGCCAAGGGCUUUUUCUAGCCCUGUACCCUUUGUUAUCUGGGGAGAAGGAUUGGUUUGGGGGUGAAGGAUUAUUUUGGUCCCCCCACAAAAAACAACAACAACUAAUCCAAGGGAAUACUUGUGAAGGUUGCUACUUGUACAGCUUUACUGAAUAUGGGUUUUAAAAUCAGAUUUAAACCACUGUGUGGUUGAAUCUUUCAAAGGUUGUUUUUAAAUAACGGAACUAACAAGUUUUUGUAUUGUCAAAACAGAGCUACACAGUCCUGCUCAGUGUGUGUCUUGUUGGCACACUGCAAGCCUAAGAUCAGCCUCUGAGGAUAGCCUUGCCAACUGAGUGGAUACUCUUCUUCCUGGAAUAGGUCAUCUUUUUGCUGGUUUGGGGUGAGAGUGCAGCACAGUAAAUGGAUCUCUCUUGCUGUUUAAAUAUUCAUUAUAGGUACUUCAGACAAUCCUUGAUGUUUUGUAUUCUCACAAAAGCAGUUUCAUCUUAGGCUUACAGAUGCAGGUCCUGAACCUAUGACGGUUUUCCAUGCUGUCCUUUGACCUACACUUCUGGGAACUUACUCAUCAAGGUGAAUAUGCUAUCCCUCAGGAUGAGAGGCUGCCAAAGCAGUUCCAGACACAUCUGCGAGACCUUUUGUCUGCUUCAGCAACACACUGGUUGCUGAGCCAUUCAGUGGCUCUGUCACUCUUUAUAGAGGGUGUCUUCCUAUAUCAGGCUCCUUCACUCAUGGGGCAAUAUGUUUCUGGACGUCUACUAGCAAGUGACUUGGCUGGCCAGAGCUGGUUACCUCUCUGUACUGUGUUGCGCCCCCCCGCCCCAGCACCACCCAAAAUGAGGGUGGGGGGAGUGGCUGUUGAAAACAGCUUCCUCCUCAUGUCUGCACUUUGGCAGUGGGCAGCUGAGUGGCACUGAGUGUGGAGCUUGCCUGCCUUUCGUGAUGUGUCCUGAGCACAAACUUGACCACCCCCUCCCAAUAACCAGGAGCCCUUGCUUUCCCUGUCUGAUUCAGGAGGCAUGUUAUAUGUUGGUGUGUGUUCUCUGGAGCUCGAAGUCUUCUCUCUUUCCUCUCUUGGCAGUAGGGCCACACUGCUCCAUGCCAAGAGUCUCUUGCUGAAGGGCUGGGAGAUUGCUGAUGUCACCCAGGAAAGGUGGAGGGCUUGGAAGUUAUGUAGCAGUGUUUCUUCUAUGGCUAUAUAUUUAAAAACUGUAGUCUUUUUAAUAAAAAGUUUAAAGAUGUGA